CCAGAGGGGCGGCCGGUCACACUGUUCCCGCGGCUGGCGGCCACCGCCACUUCUCUAGACAGUGAAGCCGCCUCACUGGAGCGCUCUGCGGCUCCCCGGACGAAAAUCAGCCCUCCUGAUUUUUUUGUUUUUAGAUUCUGAAAAAUGGCUGAGAAUUUGGAUGAAUUUAUCGAAGAGCGAAAAGCCAAAUUGGCCAAAGACAAAGCAGAGUUGGAAAGUGAUCCACCUUACAUGGAAAUGAAGGGAAAAGCAUCAGAGAAGCUUUCUGAAAACAGUAGAAUAUUAAUCUCCAUGGCUAAGGAAAACAUACCACCCAACAACCAACAGACCAGGGGUUCUUUAGGAAUUGAUUAUGGAUUAAGUUUACCACUUGGGGAAGACUAUGAACGGAAGAAACAUAAACUAAAAGAAGAAUUGCGGCAAGAUUACAGGCGCUAUCUUACUCAGAAAAAUUUUCUAUCUACGGUUGAAACAGAUCCAUCUACUCUGGGAGUUUCUCUUCCUAUUGGUGAGAGGUUAUCUGCCAAGGAAAGAUUGAAACUUGAACGUAACAAAGAGUACAAUCAGUUUCUCAGGGGUAAGGAAGAAUCCAAGGAAACUUUCAGACAGGUAGAAAAGAGUACUGAGUCUAAGAGUGAAAGAAAUAAAAAAUCUGUUUGUCAAGUUAAGCCUGAUUUACCUUCACAAGUACAAGCAUCCUGCAAAAAUUCAGAAGGUCCUAGGAGAGAUGUCUUAACUCCUUCAGAGGCAUAUGAAGAGCUUCUAAACCAAAGACGGCUGGAGGAGGACAGAUAUCGACAAUUAGAUGACGAAAUUGAAUUAAGGAAUAGAAGAAUUAUUAAAAACACUCAUGAAGAAGGGAGCAUUUCCAGUAAAAAACACCAGAGGCUUGCCAACAAGGCUGAUAUUCCAGACAGAAGAUUUCGCAGGUUUAAUGAGGAUCGUGUUCUUGAUAGACAGUAUUAUAGACCAGACCAUGAUCCUGAAGUAAGUGAAGAGAUGGACGAGAGGUUUAGAUAUGAAAGUGAUUUUGAUAGAAGACCUUUGAGAGUGUAUGCAAAUGACAGGAUAUACGGGAACAGACGAGGGAAUAUGCCUCCUAUGGAGUAUGAUGGUGAUUUCACAGAACAGUCAAACAUACGAAUUUCAUCUGCUGGAAAUAAGAGCUCUCGAGACAACGUUCCCAAUGAACGAUCCAAAUCUGCUAAUACUCGAGAUGUCUAUAGUCCUUUUGUGGGGAUGGUCUUUGGAGGUGAAGAUAGAGAACUUGUUCAAAGAAGGAAAGAGAAAUAUCGACUAGAACUAUUGGAACAAAUGGCUGAGCAACAGAGGAACAAGAGACGAGAAAAAGAUUUGGAACUCAGCGUUGCCGCUUCUGGUGCACAAGAUCCUGAGAAAUCGCCUGAUAGACUAAAGCAGCUUAGUGUGACACCAAGACACUUUGAAGAGACGAUACCACCUGAAAGACCCAGAGUAGCUUUCCAGACACCUCUCCCUCCUGCCCCAUCUGUCCCACCCAUUCCAUCAGUUCACUCCAUCUCAUCUCAAAACGAAGAUUUGUGUAAUGGACUCAACAGCACCCUUGGUGAAAUGGUGCCUCCCAGGAUUGCACCUCUGCCUCCACCUCCCCUACUGCCACCUUUGGCUACUAGCUAUCGAACUCCUUAUGAUGAUGCAUACUAUUUUUAUGGGGCCAGGAAUCCUUUGGAUCCCAGUCUUGCUUAUUAUGGUUCAGGAAUGAUGGGAAUGCAGCCUGCAGCUUAUGUCAAUGCUCCUGUCACCCACCAGCCAGCACAAUCUGUUGUGAAUAUGGUUGGGCAGAACGAAAUGAAAACUACAGGCGAUAGAGCAGUAAACUCAGGAUUGUUUUUUGAAGAUAAACCAAAGCCUUCAAAACAGUCACUUCAGUCUUACCAAGAAGCUUUGCAGCAACAGAUUAGGGAAAGAGAAGAAAGAAGGAAGAAAGAACGUGAAGAAAAGGAAGAAUACGAAGCUAAAUUGGAAGCUGAAAUGAGAAGUUAUAACCCCUGGGGGAAGGGCGGAGGUGGUGCACCUCUCAGAGAUGCAAAAGGAAAUCUGAUAACUGAUUUGAAUAGGAUGCACAGACAGAAUAUAGAUGCCUACCAUAACCCAGAUGCAAGAACCUAUGAAGAUAAAAGGGCUGUUGUAUCUCUAGAGCAAAAUUUAGCAACUUCAAAUGCUGAGAACCUAGAAGAUUCUGCAAAUAAAAACUCAGGUUAUAUGCAGACACAGAGCUCUCCUUUUGCUCGGGGAAACAUGUUUGGUGAGCCUCCAACUGAACUUCAGAUUAAACAGCAAGAAUUAUACAAGAAUUUUCUUCGUUUUCAGAUUGAGGAAAAAAAACAAAGAGAGGAGGCAGAGCGAGAGAGACUGAGAAUUGCAGAGGAAAGAGAAGAGAAGCGGCUUGCAGAGCAGAGGGCGCGGAUUCAGCAAGAGUACGAAGAGGAACAGGAAAAAAAGAGAGAGAAAGAGGAGGAGCAAAGGCUAAAAAAUGAAGAGCUAAUUCGGUUAGCUGAAGAAAGACGAAAAGAAGCAGAAAGAAAAAAGAAGGACGAAGAAGAAAAACAUAACCUGCAACUUCAGCAUUACUAUGAAAGAGAAAAUAUGAUUGGGGAAGAGACAAAGCACUUGAGACAGCCUUCACCUGUAGUUCCUGCUCUUCAGAACAAAAUCUCAAGCAAACUGCGAAGACCUCCUUCGGUUGACAGCAUCAUUAGUUCCUUUAUUCACGAAAGUUCCAUGUCCAGGGCACAGUCUCCUCCCGUACCUGCCAGGAAAAAUCAGCUCCGUGCAGAAGAGGAGAAAAAAAAUGUAAUUAUGGAGUUAUCAGAAAUGAGAAAACAGCUUCGUAGUGAAGAGAGGCGUCUCCAAGGGCAGUUACUACAUAUGGACAGUGAUGAUGGCAUUCAUAUAAGGAAAAGAGAAAGGAAUCCGAUGGAUAUAUUUGACAUGGCUAGACAUCGGUUGCAAGCUCCUGUCAGACGACCAUCUCCUAAGGGCUUAGAUCCUGCCACUUUUCAGAAUAUUCAUGACUUUAAUGAGCUGAAGGAUAGAGAUUCAGAAACUCGAGUCGAUCUGAAAUGUAUGUACCCGGAUCCUCCAAGAGAUCAUCAUACCCUAGAGAUUCAACAGCAAGCCCUGCUAAGAGAGCAGCAGCGGAGGUUGAAUAGAAUAAGAAUGCAGGAAGGUGCUGGAGUUGACUUGGAUGCCAUUCCAAACAUUAAAAUACGAGACCACAGAAUGCCCAGAAAUGACCCUCCUGAUUUCUUGAAAAAUUCAUUAUUGGAAUCUGACAGUGCUUUUAUUGGUGCUUAUGGAGAGACAUAUCCUGCCAUUGAAGAUGAUGCCCUACCUCCACCAUCUCAGUUGCCCUCUGCGAGGGAGCGCAGAAGGAACAAACUGAAAGGACUAGACUUUGAUAAUGUUCAUCCUAAUGUACCACCAGAUGGUCUCUCUUUAAAGUCUGUAUCCAGCAUAAAUGUUGAUGAGGUUAGAAUGAGAAAUGAGGAACGAAUGCGAAGACUGAAUGAACUUCAGACUAAACCUCUUAAUACAGAUGAUGAGAGUUCACUGGUUGACCCCGAUGACAUCAUGAAACCAGUGGGUGAUGACGGAACAAACUCUGUAGCGACUGAGCCCUGGCUCCGCCCUGGCACCUCAGAAACGCUGAAGCGAUUCAUGGCAGAGCACAUGAAUCAAGAGCAGCAGCAGGUUCCUGGAAAACCAGGCACUUUUCAUUGGCAGGGCCUGUCCACCGCACACGGCUAAUAAAUGCGUACUGGACCCCACAGUGCCUCUAAGGUGAAAGGAAUGUUACAUCUGAACCUUUAAUAUGUUCUACUUUGGCCCUACCUGAAGUUACUUAUGUUCCAUCUGUAUAUAAGGUGUAUUUUUUUCAUGAUGAUGUAUAUUAUGUACAUAAAUAAAAGGCCAUGACUAUUGAUUUAUGUAAUGUAGAAUUGUAUAGGAUUAUUUUUGCACAAUUUUGCCAUAAAUUAGGGUGGUAAUGAACUCUUGGAAUCAACUACCAUGUAUGCAUUAUCUUAAAUUCUGCUUGUCAUUAAGGCGAAUAAAACGUGUCUUAACCGUACUUCAAAACCAGAAUACUCUGUUAACAUGCACAUUUGCCAUUUGUUAUCUCUAUUCAAAAGAAAUUCAUUUAGUAACUACAUCUGUUGUAGCUGCAACUAUUCAUUUGCUACCUAAUUAGGGAAUCAAAUGUGCUGGCUAUGUUCAUGUCAUUUAUAGCAACUGACUCAGGAUAAAUGAUGGGACCCAUAAUUGAUUUUAUCCCCAUGAGCCAUGCACUCAGUGUUACAUCUUUCUGCCUCUAUUUUAUUUUUGUGCCAAUGAAGGCAUUGUUUUAAGUUACUAAUUUAUAUGAUUUAACUAUUUCUUAAUAGAAAUAAAUUUUUAUUUUCAUUACCAAUGUUGACUUCUUAUUUAAUGGGAGUUGAGGUUUCUAGACUAGGUGUUACAGAAGUUAGAGAGAGCCAGUAACACGGGGUCGGGGGUGGGAGGGUUAAACCAUGGCCGCUCGGAAAAGGACUUAACCUUUGUAAUCACUCAGUAAGUAAGUGGUGCCUUUAAAAAAGGAAAGAGUCAUUCAAAUUCUAGAAAAUAAUCUUCACUGGGAUUAGAGUCUUCAGCACCAGACAGCAUAAUCACCGUCGGGCACUGCUGUUUACCCCUUUCCCUCCGACGUAACUCAUGGCAGAGAGAAGAUUGUGUGAGUGAGUUUGCAACAAGGGUGAAAUUUCUGACGUUUCAAAUUUUAGCUACAUGUAAAUUUUGUACUCAAGUCUCUAACCAUGGGCUUACUUCACUAUUAAAGAUUUUUCUUCUUACACCUUCAUCUUAAAGUAAGGUGACAUCCUUGUUUCCUUUAGGGGACAGUCUUCAUAUUACACCAUCAAAUAAUAAACCACCAUGUCAUCUGAAGAACUCGUACCUCAGAAAGACCUGAAGGUUCUGGUGGCUGACAGGGACAACCCAAGGUGGCUCCCAGCUCUAGCAUCCAGCUGGGCUUGAACACGGCUGUGGCUCAGGGGUGACAAAUACAGUGUCUUGGUUGUCGUAGCAAUGUUUCCUCUCUUAUAAAUGCAUUUUUCAAUAACUGCUCAUUAAAAGAAGUGGGGAGCAAAGACCGAACAAUUCUGUUUUUUACAGAACCCCCUUAAGAUAAUUUAUGGCGACAUGUUCCACUUUCCUUUUUAAGGCCGUUGUCCCAUACCACUUUAACUGCACCCCUAGGACCCGCAGUAUCACACUGCAGACUGCUCCAACGGGCACUUGCGCUCCUUCUCUCAGUAUUCUGGGUUAAUGAAUAUACAAAACAUUUAAAAAUUAUGAACAUCUUAUGGUUUAGAAAGAAAGUGUUGGGUACGGGAGGGGUAAGGAGGAGAGGGGCCUGAUGUCAGAAGU